AUGGGCAAGGCAUCAUGGAGGACGCCGUCCUUGGUCGCAUUGGCGCUGCUGGUGGCGCUCCUGGCGGCAGCAAUGGAGGAGCAUUCACUGGCUGCCGCGGCAGAGGAGGCGGUUGUGGAUGCUGAUGCACCGGAAGCUGAUGCGCCAGCGCUGGCGAACGAGGACACGACAGCCGGCGGCGGCGGCGACGGAGCUCCAGCACCAGCGCCGGCGAGCGAGGAACCCAGCCACAAGACGACGAUAGGCGCCAAGGCCAAGGCGGGGCUGCACACCAUGAUGAAGGGCAUCUCCGCGGGCAAGAACAAGCUGGAGUGCAAAGUCCUGGGCCGCCAUUGCCCCGCCUCUGAAGCUCCCUCCGCCCAGUAA